CAGAUUAUCGCCAUAAAAAAACGUGGUCUCAGGUGUCCCACAAAAUACACAUAAAGUGGGAAACUUUGGACUUCUGGCUUGAACAACUGAUUUUUCUGCUGGUGGAGGUACCCCAUGCAUUUGGUGCCUGAGCUUGCUUGAUGUUUAUCACAUCAUCAAGCUGAGCUCGCAAGUGCUGGAGCUGUUCAUUCCUUGUUGGAUAAUUGUCGCCAGCUUGAUUCUUGGCUUCACCUACCUUGCGUGACCUGACGUCUUAGCAAUCCUCUUAGGUUUGUCAAUGUUUUUUGGGUAAAUAGACAAGGUUUGUCAACGUUCUUCUGGCAUUAUUGGUAUAUUCAUAACUUCCCCAGGUUUUUCAUACAACAACUGCCUCUAAUUUCUUGGUCAAAUCUGCCAGUAAGAUAUGGUUUGUGACUUCAAAGCGACAUGCUAACUGAAUAUUGAAUCAAAGCUUGUUUACGCUCAAUUCAAAGCUCAGGCUCGAGCUCAGUUAUCAAACUUGGAACAGGUGAUUUGUCAAUUUGCUUAGAGAAGGUGAGCAAGAAAGAAAACCAAACUUUACAUGACAUCAUUUUAUAGGGUGACAGUAAAAGAAACUUCUAUUACCAACAUUAUUUCUAAACCUUUUCUUUUUUGUUGAUUGCAGUUUUAGUUAAAGGCAUUGAACAUUGAAGGAGUAAUUUGAACACAAAGACUUUCUCGAUAUUGGCUUCAAUAUUGUUUCUAGUGGGAAUGAGAGUUCCUCGAGGUCUUGAGGUUUGGAAAAUGGGCACCGUCAACUACCUGGAUGCCCUUAAGCUGCAGGACAAGCUGGUCUCCAAUAAAAAAACCCAUAGGAUUUCUGAUACACUUCUCUCCCUGCAACAUCCACCUACCUAUACCCUUGGCAAAAGGCGAACUGAUCACAAUUUAUUGGUUACUGAGGCUGAACUCAAAACUAUAGGGGCAGAACUUCACUACACAGAAAGGGGAGGGGAUAUUACAUUUCAUGGUCCACACCAAGCCAUCUUAUAUCCCAUUAUUUCUUUGAGGGAGAUUGGGAUUGGUGCCAGGAAGUAUGUAGAGAAGCUCGAGUUAACUAUGAUUGAAUUGGCGUCUUCAUAUGGUGUAAAAGCUCGUGCUGGACAAAUCGGUGAGACGGGUGUUUGGGUUGGAGAGAAAAAAAUUGGAGCAAUUGGGGUUCGAAUAUCAUCAGGGAUUACUUGUCAUGGAUUAGCAUUUAACAUUGAUCCUGAUCUGAGUUAUUUCAAGUAUAUUGUGCCUUGUGGGAUUGCGGAUAAGGAAGUUACAUCUCUGAGAAGAGAGACAGACAUGGCGCUCCCUGCUGAAGAAGUGAUUCAUGAGCAGUUGGUUUCUUGUUUUGUGAGGGUAUUUGGUUAUGGUAGUGUUAUUUGGAGAGAGAAUGAAUCAAUACUGUCGGAUAUUGAGCGAAAUUGAAAGGCCUUUAGCCGUUAUACCCCAUAGACUGUAAUAACUGUUAAUGGUUUACAAUUGAUUAAUCUGUUUUUUAUGAUCUAAAUUUCUU